CUCGUUUUCUUCAGUAUUUUCCCGAACUGCGCGCGCGGUAGUUGGUGCUAAAGUAUCGGGAGGUUCUGUCUAGACUGUGCGCACGAGAUGUAGUACUCAAGAACAUUCAUUCAAGUUGGAGGUCAGUGUCACUGACAGUUAUUGUGUGAAUUCAAUCAAUUUCAAGUAAAAGCCAGAACGAAGAAGACACCAUCAAAAGCACUUCUUCAAAAUGGCUCCUACCGUCGGCGACAGAACGGACCUCAACACAAAUUCUAUGGGACUCGUCAACCAGGCCUUUACGGACGAUGACGGCCAUCUAAGGCGGGAGCGUUCCCAGCCAGACACGCCCAGUCACAACAAUUUGGCUUUCCCCGACGAAAACGGCGGUAAAUCCGUUGUCCUUGCGGAAGUCGUUGACGCGGGAGAUCUUUCACCAAAGGACGUUGUUUACGGCCAAGCCGGAAAUGAACCCGAACAAGACAAACCGGUUAUUCGGACGCAGAUUGUAGGGGCACUGACUGCUGCCAUGACUCACGUUAUCAUCGGAGCCAUAGUGGCCCUGCCAUCAGUGACCCUAUCACAGCUGACGGAUGUAAACUCCGGAGACUUAUUCCUCGACACCAACCAAGUGGGACUUUACAGCAGUAUAGUGCACAUUGGAGCAAUAAUAGGCUCCUUACUAGCCGGAGGAAUGAAUCUUCGUCUGGGGCAAAGGGUCACUCUUCUGAUAACACUGCCUGUGCUUCUUUUGCUGUGGAUUGCAUUGGCUUUCUCUACAAAAGUCUGGCUGCUGCUGGUUAUUAGAGCAGUUCUUGGGGCAGGCCAAGGAUUUAUAGGAGCAGCAUCCAACAAUUAUGUGAUUGAGAUAGCACACAGUGAUAUCCGCGGGAGACUGAGUGGAAUGACAGAUACAUGCAGGCAGCUAGGAUUCCUCCUGGUAUACGUUAUUGGAACAUUCGGUCUAACUUGGCGGCAAAUAUCUAUUGCAUGUGGUAUAAUAACCACGGUCCCUCCUUUUAUUGGAUUGUGCCUACUUCCAAACUCACCUCGAUGGCUGGUGACGAGAGGUAGAACUGAAGAGGCUCAAGAAGCACUAGCCUUUUACCGGGGUUCCUCUUAUAAUGUAAAAAGAGAGCUCACAAAUAUAGUUGAACAGCUUGAAAAGACAAAUUCUUCACAGAUGGGCAUUGUAGAGCAACUAAAACAGAUGUGUGCACCAGAAGUUUAUCCUCGUUUUAUUCUUUUGACAUUUUUGAUGUUUGCUGUUCAUUUCAGUGGUAAUAUUGCCAUUGCUACUUUUGUUGUGCCCAUUUUCCAAGCCGCUGGUACAGAUAUGGAUCCAUACACCUGUGCAGUGCUAAUUGGCUCAGUUAGAGUAGCUGCUAUUAUUACAUUUUUGAUGUUUAUUGACAGUGUGGGUCAUAAACCUAUCUUCAUCAUCUCAAACAUCGUUUGUGCAUCAUGUUUAUUCAUCCUGGGAGUUUUCUUCUUCUUACAAAACAAUGGCUACGAGGUAUCAUCCUUUUCGUGGGUUCCACUUGCAUCCUUAUUUGUAUAUACUCCAUUUGUGUGUGCCAUCCAGGCCAUGGCCAGUCUACUCCGGGGUGAGGUAUUACCCACACCACUCCGAGCUCUGGGGGUUUCUUAUCUGUACGUUGUGUUUUUUAUGGGCACAUUUGCAUCAACUCAAGCUUUUCCAGAGAUGAUAAAAACUACUGGAGAACAGGGUAUCUUCUGGGUGUUUGCUGCAUCUUGUAUUAUAAUGGUCGCUGUUGUGGCAUUUGCACUGCCAGAAACCAAAGGACUUUCUCUGGAGGAAAUCGACGAAUUGUUCAGAAAUCGGAGCAAGGCAAAUAGGACAAAGUCUGAAGGCAAGGUGGAAAAUUUUCAUACGAAAGUUCCUUCUGCUUGAAAAAACAAGAAACAUUUUCACGAGAAAUUUCGUCAAACUAAAAACAAUAAGAUGAUCGCAUCACAAUAAGAUUAAUAUGAUUUUAGCAAUCUGAUAAGUAGUGAGUGUAGUGAAAAUGGAAUAACCUGUAAAAGUAACUGGGAUAAUUCUGUGUUUCGUGUUAAGUGUUAUUUAGUUUUAUUACAAUUUCUACUCCAUACAUGGGACUGUGUUAAUGUUAUUCUUUCCCUGGUGGGUACAACUAUGUCUGUACAGUCAAGUACAAUAUGAUAAAGAAAGGGAGGAGUAAACCAUCUGGAAAGGAUAGCGUGCAAAGAUUAAAGCGAGGGAAUCCAUGCUUGGACACGAGCGGCAAUUGAUCUCACUUUCGUGGAAAAUAAACCAGACAGUCAAUUACCAGCGCCAAAAAUUUGUCUGCUGCUGUUCAGCUUUAAUUUUUGAUGUCUUACGAUUUUGCUUACUAUAACAAAAUGGCUAGGAGGACGUCUUACUUUAGACAAUCCAAUGACUGGUUUGAAAAACAAUUCCUGUACUAUAAUCAAGUAUAGAAGUUUAGUCAGAAUACAUCAGAUGUAUCAGCUACCAUAUCAAAGACAUUUAGUACCUUAAAUUCAUGUCAUUACUGGAUAAGUAAGCAAUAUAAACUUUAUGAGCUGAAUAAAGUACCAAUGGAUGCAACUAAUAACAGAAGGACAAAGGUUAGAUGAUGUUUUGGUAGAUGACGUUGGUAAGAUACAUUUAGGUUUGGUUAAGGUAGGCAAGACUAACUUGGUAAGUACGCCACAUGGCGUGUAAGUUUUAAAUGCAACUUAGUCUUUGAUUACCCACUACUGUAUUUCUGUUCCCCUGAAAUUUGAUCGUCUUGUUAUUCUUCAUGUAUAUUAUAUGCUAAACAUAACAGAUGGUAAUUUUACGUUAGUUAUUAUGAUUUAUGACGAUUCCAGAACAAAAUUAAAUAAUGGCCAGUGCCAUUAUCAUCCAACUAACCUUCGCCACUGACUUAAAUACAAAGCACGCUAUGCAAGAAGCCACAGAAUUCAUGUUGAAUGCGUACAGUGUCUAGUGUAUAAUUUACAUUCAGAGAAACAUCGUAAGUAGUAUUUUGCUAUUAUAAUUGAUAUAUAUCAUCUCACAUGAUGCAGGUUUUUGUUUUGCUUUACUUUCCUUCUCCACUUUUGCCUUCAGUUCUCGAUAUGUGAGCUGGGACCGCUAGCGACAUCACUUGAUCCCCAGUACAUGUGAUUCUGGCCCACAUUUAAACUUUCAAUCCUUUUGUGACAUUCUUUAGUCUCUAAUCGAAAUAAAAGUUUGUUGUUAAUAAAAAUAUCUUCCUAUUUGCUGACUGUCUGUGGUAACUGGCAACGUGGAGCGUCUCAAAGCUACAGAAUAUUCUAAAGAGCUUAAGGGAUAUUCCUAGCCCGGUGAUUAAGGAAUCAUAUUAGUCCUCUUAGUAUGCGCAUGAAAAUGAUUGUGAACAACAAUUAUUGUAAACAAAAAUGAAUUUAUUGUUCUCCGUUCACGGAGAUUACUGGAAGACCGAAGGGCAGAAUUAAUUCGAUAUAACAAUAAAGUGUCGUCUACUAUGAGGGUAUUCAGCACUUAAAAAAAGGAGAGAUUCUCGCACUUCAAUUGAUGCGGUUAUAUAACAAUAGAACACGCAAUGCACACGAACACAGAAAAAUGAAACAUUUCAGAUCUUUUGAUUGCUUUUUUCUUACAUUUGUGCUGCCUCAUGUGUUGUUAGGCGUCGGUCUUGAAUGGAUACAUCACUUCCUGCUGGAAACCGCUCAAAAAAAAAAUUUUCAGCGCUGAUUAUUAAUUUAUUAGAUUCUUAGUUUAUGUAUACAAUUACGAGCUUGAAACGUUUAAUUCUUUAUUUUUGGAUAAACUUUAUAUGAAAUCAACCUCAUCAUCGUCAAAAAUCUAUGUUGUUGUUAGAUUAUUAAAGAAUGUAGAUUUUAAAUAAGUGCGCUAAAUACCCAGUUCCUAAACUUUCUCACAUUAGAGGGAGAGAAAGUAACCAUACCAUCGAUUUCAACCACGGUGUUCCGGUCCCAAUCGAAAGCAAGAAGUUUCUGUAGGACCCCACGGAGCGAUAAAAAAAAUCUUUUCUUGGCGUGUAUAUACCGUACAUCUUUCCAUUAUGAUUACUUUCAUUACUUACCAAUCACCUACAAUUAAAAUUAAAAACAUACAUACUGCAUGCUCCUUAUCAGACACUGGGUUUAAUGUUAUCAGUUCAAUAAAGAGCAUUCCCUCUUAUCGGUAUAACAAUUCUUUACUCAGUAUUUUAUAUUUUACGCUUCAUUAAAAAAUUGAAUACAGCGUUGCUGUUUUUUUUUUAUUAGAAUAUCGCUAUUAAUCAUACGGAUUGCACUAUAUAUGAAGAUGGCAUGAAUGCAUUUAUUUUUGUUUUUAUAAAUGUAUGAAACUUUUUGAAAAUGUUAACUUUGGAUUACUAUGUAAGUAUCUGCCUUGAAGGAAACUGGAGUUUGAAUUUAAAAAAAGGAGGACGAUUACUAGCACAUAACAUAAAAAAGAAACAAUUAUGGUAAUGUCAUGACGAAAGAAAGCCGUAAACGUUUCAUGGUUGUUGUCGGAGAAACUGAAAAACAAAGAAAAAGGAGAAAUGUCUUCCAUAACCUCUUUAAUAAGGGCUCUUAUACGCGAUACGUGGGCAAUUGUAUGGUUUUGGCGAUCAGUGUCGAGGUAUGCAUAAGGCUCAUGUUUCGAUAAACUACAUUACUCGCAGACUUGUUAUCAACUGAAUAAAGGUACCUGUCACUUGGUUAAAAAAAAAAAAAAAAGUAAAUAAAUAAAUAAAUUAGUGCAAGAUAUUGCCUUGCUCGACGAGUUAUCUGUCUACCUUAGUCCUUACAUGAUUAAUUUUUUUUUAUUUUUUUUUUUAUUUUACACUAUAAAAAUAAAUAUAUUUAUUUUGUC